GCUGCGCGCAGCAGCGGCGGCGGCGGCCAAGAGAUCGAGGAGGAGGAGGAGGAGGCAGCGCGAGGAGGCUCCUUCUUCCUUGGUGGCCGCAGCAGCGGGACUGCGGUCGGAGGUUCCCAGCGCUGUCCCUGGCUCCGGCGCUGGCUCCGCAAGAGGAGGCUCCAAGGAGGAGGACCGGCAGCCUCUCCGCCCAGAGACCCGGGCAGCAGCAGGGCAAGAAGCAGGAGCCCCUCGACGUCGCUGCUGCUGCUGGGGCUGGUUCUUCUUGGAGAGCAGCGAGGAUGCUGGGCGCCCGCCGCCCGUCUUCCUCCUCGCCUUCGCCGCCUCCUCCGCCGCCUCCCUGGGCGCUGCUGUGGCCGCUGCUGCUGCUGCCCGGCGGGGCGCUCCGGAGCGGGAUGGACAGCGCCGUCGGCAGCCAAGUGAAUUUAUUGGACUCACGAUCAGUAAUGGGAGAUCUUGGAUGGAUCGCGUAUCCAAAGAAUGGGUGGGAAGAAAUUGGCGAGGUGGAUGAAAAUUAUGCUCCAAUCCAUACUUACCAAGUAUGUAGAGUGAUGGAACAAAGUCAGAACAACUGGCUUCUGACAAACUGGAUUUCCAACAGUGGGGCCUCACGGAUCUUCAUUGAACUGAAAUUUACCCUUAGGGACUGUAACAGCCUUCCUGGAGGUCUUGGGACUUGCAAAGAGACGUUUAAUAUGUACUAUUUUGAAACAGAUGAUGAAGAUGGGAGGAAUGUGAAAGAAAACCAGUACAUCAAGAUUGAUACCAUUGCAGCAGAUGAGAGUUUUACAGAGUUAGACCUUGGAGACAGGGUCAUGAAGCUGAACACAGAGGUGAGGGACGUUGGGCCUCUGACCAAAAAGGGAUUUUACCUUGCUUUCCAAGAUGUGGGUGCCUGCAUUGCUCUGGUGUCUGUGCGGGUGUAUUACAAGAAGUGCCCUAUGGUGAUUCGAAACCUGGCUGUCUUUCCUGACACCAUCACGGGAGCUGAUUCUUCUCAGCUGCUGGAAGUCUUGGGGUCAUGCAUGAACCAUUCAGUGACAGAUGAACCCCCCAGGAUGCAUUGCAGUGCUGAAGGAGAGUGGCUGGUGCCAAUUGGAAAAUGCAUGUGUAAGGCAGGGUAUGAAGAAAAGAACAACACCUGUCAGGCAUGCCAGCUGGGAUACUUUAAGGAUUUGCCCCAGAAUCAGAUGUGCACCAAAUGCCCUCCACACAGUUACACGCCUGAAGAAGCAUCAACCUUCUGCGUUUGUGAAGAACACUAUUUCCGAAAAGAAUCUGAUCCACCUACUAUGGCCUGUACAAGACCCCCCUCUGCUCCUCGGAGUGCCAUCUCAAAUGUUAACGAAACUAGUGUCUUUCUGGAAUGGAUUCCUCCUGCUGAUACUGGUGGAAGGAAAGAUGUGUCUUAUUAUAUUGCAUGCAAGAAGUGCAACUCGCACUCGGGUCUCUGUGAGGCGUGUGGCAGUCAUGUCAGGUAUCUUCCACAACAAAGCGGCCUGAGAAAUACAUCUGUGAUGAUGGUGGACCUGCUUGCUCACACAAACUAUACCUUUGAAAUUGAGGCAGUGAAUGGUGUGUCCGACCAGAGUCCAGCUGCACGACAAUUUGUGUCAGUCAAUGUAACCACAAACCAGGCAGCACCAUCACCAAUCACAAAUGUUAAGAAAGGGAAAGUCGCCAAAAAUAGCAUCUCACUCUCCUGGCAGGAACCAGAUCGACCGAAUGGCAUCAUCUUGGAGUAUGAAAUCAAAUAUUUUGAAAAGGAUCAAGAGACCAGCUAUACCAUCAUCAAAUCCAAGGAGACAAAAAUUACUGCAGAUGGCUUGAAACCCGCCUCAGCAUAUGUCUUCCAGAUCCGAGCACGCACCGCAGCAGGGUAUGGUGGCUUCAGCCGGAGAUUUGAGUUUGAAACCAGCCCAGUGUCAGUAGCUGCAUCCAGCGACCAGAGCCAGAUCCCUAUAAUUGCUGUAUCGGUUACGGUGGGAGUGAUUCUAUUGGCUGUUGUUAUUGGUUUCCUUCUCAGUGGAAGGCGGUGUGGGUACAGCAAAGCUAAACAAGACCCUGAAGAAGAAAAGAUGCAUUUUCAUAAUGGCCACAUCAAAUUACCAGGAGUAAGGACGUAUAUCGAUCCGCAUACCUAUGAAGACCCAAAUCAAGCUGUCCACGAGUUUGCAAAAGAAAUAGAAGCCUCAUGCAUAUCAAUCGAAAGAGUUAUUGGAGCUGGUGAAUUUGGUGAAGUAUGCAGUGGGCGUUUGAAAGUGCCUGGGAAACGUGAAUUGCCGGUGGCCAUUAAAACCCUCAAAGUGGGAUACUCUGACAAGCAAAGGCGAGAUUUCCUGGGGGAAGCCAGCAUAAUGGGACAGUUUGAUCAUCCUAACAUAAUUCACUUGGAAGGUGUUGUCACAAAGAGUAAACCAGUCAUGAUCGUGACUGAAUACAUGGAAAAUGGAUCUUUGGAUACAUUUUUGAAGAAGAAUGAUGGGCAGUUCACUGUAAUUCAGCUGGUUGGCAUGCUCCGAGGGAUAGCAUCUGGGAUGAAGUACCUUUCUGACAUGGGCUAUGUACAGGACUUGGCUGCCAGAAAAAUCCUAAUCAACAGUAACUUAGUGUGUAAGGUGUCUGACUUUGGACUUUCCAGAAUUCUUGAAGAUGAUCCUGAAGCGGCCUCCACAACAGGGUAAGGAGGAAAAAUCCCAAUCCGAUGGACAGCUCCAGAAGCAAUCGCCUUCCGCAAAUUCACCUCUGCCAGUGAUGUCUGGAGCUAUGGGAUUGUGAUGUGGGAAGUGGUGUCCUAUGGGGAGAGACCUUACUGGGAGAUGACCAAUCAAGAUGUGAUUAAAGCUGUCGAAGAAGGAUAUCGCUUGCCAAGUCCCAUGGACUGCCCAGCUGCUCUGUACCAACUUAUGCUGGAUUGCUGGCAAAAAGACCGAAACAGCAGGCCGAAGUUUGAUGAAAUUGUCUGCAUGUUAGACAAACUCAUUCGGAACCCAAGUAGUCUGAAAACACUGGUGAAUGCAUCAAGCAGAGUUUCAAAUUUAUUAGGUGAACACAGUCCACUGGGAAAUGGUGUCUACAGAUCUGUAGGUGAAUGGCUGGAAGCCAUAAAAAUGGGACGGUACACAGAGAUUUUCAUGGAAAAUGGAUAUAGUUCUAUGGACGCUGUGGCUCAGGUGACCUUGGAGGAUUUGAGGCGCCUUGGAGUCACACUUGUUGGGCACCAGAAGAAGAUAAUGAACAACCUUCAAGAAAUGAAGGUCCAGCUGGUAAACGGGAUGGUGCCAUUGUAACUUUUUAAAUUAUUAUUUUAUUUUUUAAAAUGUCACUUCAAGUGAUCAGCCUUGCACUUUGUACACAUAACCCUGACAUUUAUCUUAACAACUGAAAAUGUGAAGUUCAGUGAUUUCUAGACCACAACAGAAGAACACUGGCCUCAGUGACAUAAUUUAUAAUCAGUGUUAGAACCUUCCUUUCUGUGACUUCAUCAUGAAGUAAAAGCAAUGUGCGUAAAAAGUAGAAAUGGGGAUGCACCACAUUUGAGGUUAACUAAUUUCUUCUGCUUCAACAACAACAAAAAUAUUCCCAUCGCACCUUGUCUAUACAUGGAGUAUAUGUCUAUCUAUCUAAAUACAGAGAGAGUGAGUGAGAGAGAGAGCACCUUUCAAAAACUGAAAAUGACAGACCAUGUUAAUACUUCCAAGGAUUUACUUGAAACUUUUCCCAGUUCUUUGUCAGCUCACUGGAAGCUACAGUCUACUGACUUUUCCUUCAGGUCUUAAGCAUCAAAUGGAAGAAUUUUGAGGAGCAAUAUUAGAGUAUUUCUUGAUAGUGAUGUCUUAUUUUGUACAUUUUAAAAGGAUGAUGCUCUUACACAGCAGUGGAGCCCUAGAGGCCACUGUACAAACAUUUGUUGAUCAAUAUUCAAUGCAAUACAGGGUGUGUUUUUCUUCUACCUUUUCUUAAUGAUAUUCUUUUUAUAGUUGGGAGACUAACACAUGGUCAAUAUAACAUAUGUAGAUAAUGUUAUCCAGAUUACUGCACACGCAGGUGUGGGACAUCAUCUUUUUCAUGCUACCUGACUGCUUGUAUUUUUACUGCUGCUUAGUUAUAACAGGUAUAUUUCUUAAUAGCACAAAGAUUGGUACUGAGUCCAGAAUUCAGAUUCUUCAUUUCAUGGGGUAAGAGGAGAGCAAGGAUAGAGUGUAUUCUGUCUUGGAUCUUUUCCUGAAAACAUCUGAAAGCAUUCCUUAUGGAAUCGCAGGAACUGGGAGUGCUGUAUAAAAGAGAGAUGCCUUGACCUGAGAGGGCAAUUUCAGUGCCCAGAAAAACUUCCUGCCCCUCCCCAAAGGAAAAUCUAGGGUACAUAGUUAUGCAAAUGUGCAUCAGGUAUACAAGCUGCUGAAUUACACAUUUCUUGAUGCAUAUUUUUAAAGCAUAG